AUGGCGGAGGCGGCGGCAGAGCGAAAGGCGGAGGGGAGGGCAAACAGAUCUGCUAAAUUGAAGCAGUGCAAGCUCGAUGCUCGUCGCGAGCAGUGGCUUUCCCAAGUGAAGAACAAGGGAUGUAAGGAAGAAACGGCACAUGAGCGCGAUGGGAGUGACCGAUCAAUGGAGAAUUUGGAAAUAAAGCCGAGAGGCAAAACGAAUGAGGGUUCGAUCCACCACCAUUUCAGUGAUUUGGAUUCGCCUUCGAACAGUCCCAGUAGUGUCUCGGGCAGUAACUUGUCUGGGACGAAUUUUACUGGUAGUAGUGGAAUCAGUAGUAGCAGUAGCAGUGGUGGGAGUUGUUCCGGAAGCAUCACCGGAGAAGAUGAAGAAAGGAGAGGGGGAGAAGUGGAUGACGGCAGCGAGGUGGUGUUUGGUUUUGAUGGAUGAAAUCCGGCAUGCAGAAAUAGUUGGAAGAUGAGAGGUCCGGCGGGCGGCCAAGGCG